UCCUCGUAUUUUUGUAUGGGAUUUUGAAUAACUUAGAGGUUCGGCUUUUCUCAAAAUUACUACUAUGGAUGCCAUAAAUGCGGACUGUUCCUUGAAAAUAUCUUAAAAUAUAAAUUUGGAAUAUAAUAGCUGGUGUAUCUAACGCAUGCCAUUCACUCGUGGGCCUUGCUACGGUGUACUUCUUGAUUAUUCAAUUACUAGAAAUGUCAACAAAGAAAGGACGGGAGAAGGUUUUUUCCGGUCAACUGCGCCACACCAGCGGUCAGCGACAUCCCCCUUCGGGCAAGUCCACGCUAAGAAAAAGCGGCAAAGAGGGCGGCCCGCCUCAAGAUAGCACCUGUGUUAACAUAGACCAUAAAGGGAAAAUAGAUGACUUGCAAGAAAUAUGGAACCUUCCUAAAGAAACUAAGAAAAAUGAAAACAAGUCCUCAAAGUGUGGUGACACAUUUUUGAAAAUGUGCAGAGUUGUGCUCUUUUUUGUUUUGACGCUAUUGCUGCUUUCAUGCGGCAUACUGCACAAGCUUUACUUCUUGACCCUUCUUAACAAUCUAUCACAGUCUCAAGUUGAAAACAAGAAACGUCAAGCGAUUUCAAUUCUCGUUUGCAUUUCACUUUUUGAAUUCAUCAGAUCUAUUAUGACUUUUUGGAGAGUAAUUUUCCAAAAUCAGUCGACAAAGUGGACACGACAUCAUAUAGCAAUAGCAAUCCUACAGGCCGUGACCACUAUCGGAGAGGUAUAUUUGAUUAUAUAUGUCCUUCCAUUAUUGGACAGUUUGACGACAUGUUUAGUUUUAGCAACUCUACCAAUUAUUCCAAGCAUCUGCCAGUUCGUGACAGCAAUGGCUAGGACAACAAGAAAGUUACCGAACAGUAACAAAUCUUUGCUCAAACUUUUUGUAGCUGGUUUCUCAGUUUUAGCACUGUCAGUGAGUGUUUUCUUUUUCAUGAAGUGGCUAAUACCAUUUGAAAGAAACCCGCAUCUAAAAUGGGCUUUACCAGCUGUUUUGAUGUUAAAGUCUUUAUGCUAUUUGGAUAAUUUCCAUUCCUUAAGAAAGAGAACUGCAAAUUCUACACAAGAAACAAUCAGGGAAUCAAAUUCCAAUUCGGAGACAAGUGAAACUAAAUCUAAACAAGUAUUUAUUCGAUUAACUGUUCGUUGGUUGACAUGCUUAGUGUUUAUUAUUUCGAUAGUGCUGAAUUUAGACAUGAAGCUCAUUGAAAUUAACGGGUAUGGACACAUCGAAUCCUUAGCGUCCAAUUCCACACCAGAACACCAAAAUGAUAAUGGAAAUGAGACAUCGGAUUCGACGAGUGGUUUUUACCAAACAAUUUUCAAUCAAUUUAUGGAGUUUCAGGACAUAUUUAAGUUUGAAAUAAGAAUAAUGGCAUGCUCGUUUGCAAUUUCGAAAUUAGCUUCUCUUUCUUGUCGGCUGUCAAUGCAGCAAUUUUCAUUUGCGUUGCCACUCAUAUUCACUCCACUGUUAUCAAUAAUUGCUGUUGUUAGUCUUUCUUGCAAUAACUUUCUUGAAAGUAUCCAGUACAUGGUCGGAAUAAGUCUGACAUGUGCUAUGCCUGAAGAAAAUCAAUUGAAAAUUUUCAUCGCGAGUGGAGCUUUGGCUUGGAUUGCUGUGAUCACCUUAACGUGGUACAUUUGGGUUCCUCGGGUCGAGCGAAUGGCAAAACGUGAAAGGCUAUUUUCUGGUUGUCGUUACGAUUUCUUCUUUCCCGAUUUGAACAUGCUCCUUCGACGGAGAAAUGACCAUCAAAUUGGAGAGCUACACACGGACAGUGAACAACAGAGUGAUGAUAUUCCAAAAGUCAUCAUCUGCAUAACAAUGUGGCACGAAACAUGCAAAGAAAUGUGCCAGCUGCUUAAGUCUAUUUGCAGAUUAGAUAAGCAUUUAUCAAAUCGAGAGGAAGCCGAGAACAAAGGAAACGACGGAAAUGGGACAGAGGACAAGACACAAGACGCUGGAAAAAAAAUACAAGACCCUGAUAAAAUUAAAAUGGAGGUUCAAAUAGUAUUUGACGACGCAUUUUGCUCAACAAAAAACGGCCGUGAGGUUAAUGAAUAUUUGCUCCAGUUUAUGUCAUGUUUACAAAAGGCGGUUGGUUCCGUGUUGAAAGGCAAGGAACUCGUAAAGUGGAAUAAAACAUGCAAAAAGGAGGUUGUCGAGACACCUUAUGGCGGACAAUUCAUUCUACAACUCCCAGGCGGAACACAGAUGACGGUACAUUUGAAGGAUAAGAUAAAAAUAAGGGCCAGAAAACGAUGGUCUCAGGUGAUGUAUAUGUACUAUUGUUUGUUGUACAAACUAGGAAAGACCAAUCAAGAAACGGCCAGAGAAAAGCUGAAAAAGACAUUCAUCCUAACCCUUGACGGUGAUGUUGACUUUGAGCCAAAGUCAGUCCUACGAAUGAUGGAUCGAAUGAAGAUGAACAUCCGUGUCGGAGCAGUGUGUGGCAGGAUUCAUCCAAUAGGAUCAGGUCCAAUGGUGUGGUACCAACAGUUCGAAUAUGCCAUCGGCCACUGGCUUCAAAAGGCAUGCGAACAUAUCUUUGGUUCUGUGCUAUGUUGCCCUGGAUGCUUUUCUAUAUUUCGAGCAUCUGCCCUCGUUGACGACAACGUCUUGAAAACGUACACUAAAGAGCCAGAGGAAGGAAAACACCUUGUGCAGUUUGAACAAGGCGAGGAUAGAUGGCUUUGUACUCUUCUCAUUAAACGAGGAUACAAGAUAGACUACUGUGCAGCCGCAGAUGCAAAAACGUUUGCGCCAGACAACUUUUGGGAUUUUUUUGUUCAAAGACGGCGCUGGUCACCAUCAACAAUGGCGAACAUGAUUGACCUGGUCCUUUCUUGGAAACAAAUAGUCCAAAACAACGCAGAAAUCAACCAUUUCUUUAUGCUUUAUCAAUUAGUGCUAGUUAUAACAAGUGUAUUAGCUCCUGGAACUGUCCUUGUUAUGAUAGCAGGGUCAUUUAGCUCAGUAUUGAACUUAAAGCCAUGGCAUGCCUUUUUUGUAGCCGUGACUCCGGUAGUUUUGUUCGCAGUGUUAUGCCUGACAGUGACUCAGAAAAAGCAACUCCUUGUGGCCGCAAUACUUAGCACAGCGUACACCUUUGUUAUGGUUAUUGUGACUAUCGGCAUGAUUUUGAACAUUGUGAGCGAGACAGUUCUUUCUCCAAACGUGAUUUUUCUCAUAUUUGUUGUUGUAGUAUUCUUGAUAUCGGCUUUACUUCACCCUCAAGAGUUCACAUGUUUGUUUCCUGGCUUGCUAUAUUACGUUUCUGUGCCUUCUACCUUUAUUUUUCUGACCGUAUUUUAUAUGUGCAACUUAAAUGACAUUAGUUGGGGUACCCGAGAAUCCAAAUCUCCAUCAUCCCAGACGGAAGAAGAGAGUGGAAAAGAUAAAUCGUUUAUGCGUUUGCUCCUCACUUAUGUUAAACAGUGCCUGCUGAAAAAAAUCGCUGAAAGGAACCCCAAUCUGCAAAAUUUGGAUCAAAUUGAAAGACAACUAAGCGAGCGACAGGAAGUUAUUAAUAAUAAAGAUGAUAGCUACUGGAUAAACACACAGUUAACAGAAUCAAAACAUUUCUUUAGAAAAGUUGAACUUCAGGGAGAUGAGGAAAUUUUUUGGACAAAUACAAUUAACGAAUAUUUAAAACCAACGGAAAAUAAUAAGAAACUUCAAGAGAAAUUUAAAUGUGAACUAAAUUCGUUGAGGAAUAAUUGUGUGUACGGUUUCUUUAUGUUGAACUUUAUGCUAUCAUUAGCGCUGUUGCAAUUACAAGUAAGCAAAGAAAGUUUAGAUGGGUUUUAUAUCAUGGGAAAGUAUGAACCAUUAUCGGUAAUUUUCCUGUCCAUUUUUGCAAUUUUACUUUUGACCCAGUUCAUGUUUAUGCUUUCACAUCGAUGGAGAACUUUCUGCCAUAUUAUUUCGAGCACUGAGGUGUUUGAGUGCUUCUGUUCAAGACGAAAAAAAACUAAAGCGCAAGAGUUUCAAGAAAAUUUAGAAGAGGUUGAGCAUAAUGCAGAAGAAUAUGAACCCCGGCCUGAUUAUAGCGACAGUGAUGAUGAACGUUCAUCUUCAAGUAGACCAAACUCACAGAAUAUUUAUCGUCACAGAAUACAGACUGUGCGCAAUCGUAAGCAUCAUACACAGCGUAUCGGCAUUGAUAUGCAUCGCCGGGGCGGUGAUCAAGGUGAAGGAUCUUAUAUAGGACAUGGAGUGAAAAUCAAUAAUAUUUUGUUUCAUGGGAACAAAAGAGGCAAUAAGCUUUCUAAGUGGUAAUCAUUCACGCAUUGCAAGCAAAAACUACAGCCAUAUUAAACAAUAUUGUAUUUGCGUAUUUAACCAUUUGGUUUGAUAUAAUUCAAUAUGUAUCUCAUGUUUAAAACAUUUUGAUUUUGAUUUCGCUUUAUACACUUAUAUCUGUAAAUAUGCAUGUGUUUGUAUCGUCUGAAAUGUUUAAUCCGGAUUAAUCUUUUAAUAAAAGAUAAAC